AUGUCGCCACUCUGCGACUGCUGUGGACUUUGUGGUAGGAGGCAGGAUAAGAAUAACCGGUGGUUCUAUGUCAACGAGCCUGCCAAGAACAGCUCUUUCGGCUUCAGCAGCAACAAGAUCCGCACCGCGAAAUACAGAUGGUACUCAUACAUCCCCAAAGCGCUCUUCGAGCAGUUCUGCCGCGUCGCGAACAUCUACUUCCUCUUCCACGCGCUCGUCUCCCUCACGCCCGCGUCGCCCGUGAGCCCGUUGACGACCAUCGCGCCGCUAUCGUUCGUCGUGGGCCUGGCCAUGCUCAAGGAGCUCUUCGAGGACGUGAAACGCGGGCGCUCCGACACGGAAAUCAACCACCGGACAGUCACGGUCAUCCGGCCCGACGGGUCAGAAGAGGCGUGCGUGUGGCAGGCGCUGCGCGUGGGGGACCUCGUUAAGGUGCACCGCGACGACUUCUUCCCCGCGGAUUUGAUCUGCUUCGCCACGAGCGGCGAUCGCGGCGCGUGCUUCGUGGACACGAUGGGCCUCGACGGCGAGACGAAUCUGAAGACGCGCAACGCCAUCAGCGAGACCAACGCCAUGUCGCUCGCGGAGCUCGCGGGGCUGCGCGGGCGCGUGGAGUGCGAACACCCCAGCGCCUCCAUCUACACGUUCGUAGGCAAAAUGCGGCUCGGCGUGGACGCCCAUAGUUACGACGAGGAGAGGGAGGCGGAGGAGGAAGCGACGGGAAACCCACCGCUGUUCCUGGGGCCUGAAAACAUUCUCCUGCGCGGGUCGCAGCUGCGCAACACGGGGUGGGCGGUGGGCAUGGUGGUGUACACGGGGCGGCAGACCAAGAUCAUGAUGAACUCCACCCACCCGCCCUACAAGCGCAGCUUCGUGGAAAGGCGCCUGGACUACGUGAUCAUAUUCGAGGUGGUGCUGCUGCUGUCGCUCGCUGCGGGCUCAGCGGUGCUGUUCGCGCUGGCGCUGGCACACCUGAUGCCCGAGCAAUGGUACUUGCGCCCCAACGAUUACAGCGGGCUGUCGGGCAUCGCAUACGUGCAGUUCGACUGGAUGGAGCCGGAAUAUGCCGCCAUCUCGCAGUUCUUCACCGGGCUCGUACUAUACGGGUACUUUGUGCCGAUAUCGCUGUACGUGACGGUGGAGCUGGUGAAGCUCACACAGGCCGUGCUCAUGGCACGCGACGCCCUCAUGUUCUUCCACGACCGCCACGUGCCCGCCGCCGCCCGCACCUCCAACCUCAAUGAAGAGCUCGGCAUGGUGCAAGUGGUGCUAUCGGACAAGACGGGCACGCUGACGCGCAACCAGAUGGACUUCUUCAAGUGCACCAUCGCCGGCAUCAGCUACGGCACAGGCCACACCGAGGUCGAGCGAGCCGCCGCCGCGCGUGCCGCCUCUGCCGGGCGCCGCGGCGGGGCGCGAACGCCAGCUGCGUCCGCGGGGAAGCACCGGCAGCGGACGGUUUACGGGGACGAGGACGAGGAGGAGGAGGAAGAGGAGGAAGAGGAGGAAGACGAGGGGGGGGACGAGGAGGGCGCGCAGUACGCGCGCGAGUACAUGCCCACGAAGCCCCUGGAGAAGGGCUUUAACAUGCGCGACCCGCGGCUGAACGACCUCAACUGGCGCUACCAGAGCUCCGCGGGGGACAUCCGGCGCUUCCUCGAGGUGCUCGCCGUCUGCCACACUGUCAUGGCGGACAAGGGCGACGGCGCGCGGGACGCGGACGGGGCACGCGGAGGGGACGCGAGUGACGGGUUGGGGGCAGUGGGCCCGGUAGCGUCGGACGCGGCGGUGCCCAAGGUCCGGUUCCUGGCGGAGUCGCCGGACGAGGCGGCGCUGCUGGUGGCGGCGAAGCGCAUGGGGAUGGUGUUCACGGGGCGCGAGGGGCGCGACGUGUGCGUGAACGAGUACGCGAAGCACUGGAAGCUGGUGGCGCAGCACAAGUACGCCGUGCUCAACACCUUCCGCUUCACCAGCCACCGGUACGCGCGCACCCGGGGGAAGCGCCAGGGGACAGGACUGACGGAGGGAACGGGGGUGGGACGCGGAGGGCUGGGUGGGGAGCUUGGGGAGAAACGGAAGCGCAUGAGCGUGAUAGUGCGCACGCCGCUGUGCAGGCUGGUGCUCAUGACGAAAGGCGCGGACUCGGUCAUCAUGGACCGCCUCGCGCCCUCCGCCUCCGCGCAGCGCUACCGCGCGGCGACGCAGCGGCUGAUGAACCAGUACGCGGAGGCGGGGCUGCGCACGCUGGCGGUGGCGUGGCGCGACGUGGACGAGGGGGAGUACGCGGAGUGGAAGGCGCGGUGGGAGGAGGCGCAGGGGUUCGUGGGGGACGCGGGCGUGCAGGCGGGGAAGCUGGACGCGCUGGCGGAUGAGAUGGAGCGCGGGCUGGAGCUGCUAGGGGCCACUGCUAUCGAGGAUAAACUACAGGUUGGAGUGCCGGCGACAAUCGAGGCGCUAGCACGGGCGGGCAUCCGGCUGUGGGUGAUGACGGGGGACAAGCUGGAGACGGCCGUGAACAUUGGGUUUGCGUGCCGCCUGCUGCGCCACGGCAUGCAGCAGCACGUGCUCUUCCUCGAGGACAACGACGCCAUGCUCGCUGCCGCUGACAAGGCCGGCAUGGACAUUGACCAGUACGCAUUCAAGUCCAUUCAGGAGCAGCUGGUGCAGGCGAAGCAAGCAUCAGCACAGCUGCGCGCACACGGCCUCGUCGCCCUCCAGUCCUCCUCCGCUCCCACACCGCCCCUCUACGCCACCUCAUCCGACGCCAACUACGACUCAGACACCAACGACGACACGCCAGCAGGGGAUGGAGAGGAGGGCAGGCCCCCCGACCACCCGCUGACGGCCAUCCCAGCGAAGCAGGCCCUCAUCCUGGACGGCAAGGCGCUGUCCCUCAUCCUCACACAGCCCACGCUCGCACACGACUUCCUGGAAGUUGCCGCAGGGUGCGCGUCGGUGAUCUGCUGCCGCAUGUCCCCCGGGCAGAAGGCGGUGAUCGCAGGGCUGGUGCGCGAGCAGAUGGGGCUGAUCACGCUGGCCAUCGGCGACGGCGCCAACGACGUGGGCAUGAUUCAGCGCGCCAACAUCGGCGUGGGCAUCGUGGGCGAGGAAGGCCGCCAGGCCGCCAUGGCCGCCGACUUCUCCCUGGGCCAGUUCCGCUUCCUCGAGCGCCUGCUGCUCGUGCACGGCGCGUGGAACUACGUGCGGCUGACGGGCAUGAUCAAGUACUUUCUGUACAAGUGCCACACGUUCACGUUCACCAUCUUCUUCUACAACGCGCUCACGCUCUUCUCCGGCACGCCCGUGUACUACGACUGGCUGCUCGUGCUCUACCCGCUCGUCUUCAGCUCGCUGCCCGUGGCCGUGCUGGGGGCGUUCGACCAGGAUGUCAAGGACACCUACCGCCUCAGAUACCCCCAGCUCUACAUGCACUGCCAGCGCAACAGCAACUUCACGUGGCGGUCGCUGCUGCUGUGGAUGGUCAAGGGCGACGUGCAGGCGCUCUCGCUCGUGCUGGUGUGCUUGCUGCCCUUCGUGUUGUCGGCGUCGGGUGCGGAUGGGCGCACCAUGGACCUGCCAGCGCAGGGCACGCUGCUCUUCACCGCACUCGUCGUCACCGUCAACCUCGAGCUCGCCACCACGCUGCAGUACUGGACGGCGAUACACCACGCGGCCAUAUGGGGCUCCAUGGCGCUCUGGUUCCUCUUCCUCGGCGUCGUCAGCCGCCUGCCGCCCGCGUGGUGCGACUCCUUCCACGGGGUGGCGGACGACCUGCUCUUCCGCCCCUCCUUCUACCUCACCGUGCUGCUCGCCACCGUCUUCGCGCUCCUGCCCUCCUUCGUCGUGCGCGCCAUUGCACGGCACGUGGCGCCCACGGACGUGCAGAUGGUGCAGGAGAUCGAGCGCCGCGACAGACGGCGCUGGCUGCGCGGCUCCGCGUCCGGCAGACACAGCGCCUCCGUCUCCUUCGCCACGCGCGCGUGA